AUUCACUUGCUUUCCAUUCUCUGUCCAAGAAAGCUAACAUAAGUUGCAAUUUUCCCGCGAAUUUAUUUUGUCGUUUUUAAGUGAAUAAAAUGCUCAAAGAUCUUCAGUAGAUUAUAAAAAAAAUAUAAUUUUAAUUUAAUAAGUGUUUAAAUUUCUCUCAAGUGCAAAAGCUACAAGAGACAACGAUGAAUUGGUGGAAUUAUUUAUUUGUGGAAAGUGGUGAUCCUCGUGUCUAUUCAUGGCCACUCAUGCAAUCACCUCUUGGUAUAUUUGCCAUAAUCAUCAUCUAUUUGUGUGUUGUAUUAAAAUGGGGACCAAAUUUCAUGAAGAACCGACGACCAUACGAUCUCAAAGUCAUUAUUGCCGCCUACAAUUUUAGCAUGAUUGUCAUGUGCUGUUGGAUUAUUUAUGCAUACCACCAAGUGGGAUUUUACUUUAGCACCUUCAUGUCGUGCGUCGAGAUGGAUUUCUCCGUGAAUCCAACAUUGAUGAAGGGACUCAGUAUCACAUGGCUCGUGAUGAUGACCAAAGUGAUUGAGCUAGUGGACACAGUUUUCUUCGUGCUGCGCAAGAAACAGAAACAGGUGUCUGUUCUUCAUGUCUAUCAUCACGCCAGUACGCUCUUCCUUUGCUGGCUCGGAGCUAAAUAUGUCGGCACUGGAGUAGCAAUCUUUUCAAUUCUCGUCAACUCCGUCGUACAUGUCCUCAUGUAUUCUUACUAUUUUCUCUCCAUUUUCAACAAUCUCCAACGUCGAUUGCGACCGAUAAAGCCCUACAUCACCGUGAUACAAAUGGUCCAGUUCACGAUGAUCCUGGUGCACCUUGCCGUCACAGCCUAUUUCGACUGUACCCUCCCAAAGGCGAUCCUAGCCAUGUACUUUCCCAAUGUAAUUGUCAUCUUCUACAUGUUUUAUAUGUUCUUCAAGAGCACGUACGUGCGUGAGAGCAAUAAAGGCAAGAAGUAGAUGGUAAAA